CCGAGGUGCUGUGGCCCCGCGGGGAGCUUGGUGCGGAUCGCGGCCGAGCGGAGUCGGAGCUGGCGGGCAACAUGCUGUCGCCCGAGGCGGAGCGGGUGCUGCGGUACUUAGUGGAGGUGGAGGAGCUCGCCGAGGAGGUGCUGGCGGACAAACGGCAGAGAGGUGAAAUCACACAGCUCAUCGCGGACAGCAGGAUUCAAACCUGGAUUGUCGACCUGGAUACCAAAAGGAAUCAGAACCGGGAGGGCCUGAGGGCCCUACAGAAGGAUCUCAGCCUCUCUGAAGACGUGAUGGUUUGCUUUGGGAACAUGUUCAUCAGGAUGCCUCACCCUGAGACGAAGGAAAUGAUUGAGAAAGAUCAGGAGCAUCUGGAUAAAGAAAUAGAGAGACUCCGGAAACAACUUAAAGUGAAGGUCAAUCGCCUCUUUGAGGCUCAAGGCAAACCGGAGCUGAAGGGUUUUAACCUGAGCCCCCUCAACCAGGAUGAGCUUAAAGCUCUCAAGGUCAUCUUGAAAGGAUGAAACUUAAGAACCAAGAUGGGAGACCUAAGACCAGCGUCGUGUCCCCCCCCCCCCCCCCGCCGGGAUCAUGGAGGACCCAGAACUGUCCAGUCUUGAAACCUGCAAGGACAGGAUCUACCCUGCAAAGGGACAGGUGUGAGGAAACUGGCUAUAGCCCCUGUACGAAGCUUCUUUGUCUGUAGCACUUGGCUAUUUUGUGACGGCAGGAGGGAACCCUCAGGCUCCCAGUAUCUACUGGGCCUGACCACUGGGACUGGAUGGACACAAGGCCCAUUGACGGGCCCUGGCAGCCACCAGGAGGUGGGCGGGGGCAGCGCCUGUGUGGGUGUGAGAAUGACUGCAACAGGCACUUCUCAACAAUGGCCUGCUGUUGGAAUGGGCCCCGAGCAGGGAGAAGAGUGGGAGCUUCAUUCCAGCAUUCCUCUCAGAAGGAGAGAGACACUUUUUCAAGCAGUGUCUGUAACAGAAUUGGAAUAAAGCAGGAGGCUCACAGGAGGCUUCUGUCCUGAUUGAAGGACAGAAUCUUGGUGCUUCGUGGUUCACCAUAGACGGGCACACACCCUCUCUGCACUGUCUCCAUUUGGGCCCAUUUUCCUGCUUGCCCCCAGGACGGAGCCCAGGGUGGGUGCUGCUCCUCAGCCCGCUGCGGCUGCUCUGUAGUCAGGAAGGCCUCUCAGAGUCCUGCACCAGCGGUGGGGGAGGGGCUGCGUCCUCCUGUGCUGCGCUUGUGCAGGGUGCGCCUCCGCCGCUCUGAAAGCAGCACCCGGGCCAGCGCUGCUGGGAGUUCUCACUUGCCUUCAGGGUCUGCAGUCCUAAUGUGGAUGUGCCGUGAGGGGUCAUUAGUGUUGCCUACAUGCAUGAAUAGCAGUUUCUAGUCGUUACCUCAUUUGGUCCUCAAUUGAGGGCAUGCCACUCCUUUAGGAUACCAUCUAUGAAGGGGCAGUGGUUCCUCCUCAAAAUGAUGUCGGGAUUAGAUAGGCAGUAACAACAGAAGAUGGCAGGAUGGAGAGAGCACUCCGUUUGGUUCCAGCCGAGUUACACAGGGACGCAGGUUGGCAUCGCCAGAUCUUGUGUUUUCUUCAAGAGAAUCUAGACAUUUAGAUUUUUUAAGAUGAAUCUUCUGUUUUUUAAAUGCUGCUGACUAAUUCAGAAAAAUUUUUAAAACUUGGGUACUGGCCAAACAAAACACUUUAUAUAAGCCAAAUUUGGCCCAGACCUAUGAUUUUGCGUCCUCUUGAGUUUUUUUAAGUAGAAAUUGCUGGGUUUUCUCCAUGAUGGCCCUAAGAAGUAGGGAGGUGGAACUGGAAGUAAAUAUCUGUCCACAGUAGAUUAAAGAAAUUGAUAACUCCAAAUAGUGGAAUACUAUACAGCUAUAAUCAAGAAUUAAAAAGCUCCGAGCACGGGUUUGGAACAAGCGUCCAGAUACAUUAAAGUGAGAAGCAAGGGGCUUCCUAGGUGGCGCAGUGGUUAAGAAUCCGCCUGCCAAUGCAGAGGUCACGGGUUCGAUCCCAGCUCCAGGAAGAUCCCACAUGCCAUGGAGCAACUAAGCCCGUGUGCCAAAAAAAAAAAAGUGAGAAGCAAGGACAGGUGUCUAACAUGCUCGUUAUUUGUGUGUGAGCAAUUUGUCGUUCCCUCGGCAUAGAAACUGCAUGGUGGGGCACAAGGGUACAAGGGAAGGUCAUGUUGCUGUUGUGUAUUUUUAAAUAAAAAUGUAAGAAAAUGG